AUGUUCAAUAGCAGGAACAAUACGCAGAAGCCCGGUGGCGAUCUCAUCGAGAGAUUCCAGAAGACUUUCCCCGACAUCAUUCCCUCACAAUCUCACCGCAAUGUGGCUUCCCUCAAUCAGGUCCCUGGUGCACCGAUCACUCCGAAUAGGGUCGGUUUGGAAAACGACGGCACUCUCCCCGGCGGCCACGACAUGAGAUUCGCACCAACGUUCGUCGACCCGAAUUCCCUCUCGUUUAUGAACUCCGUGAGCCAGCAGACGGGCGGCUACUAUACGCCGAAUUCCGGUGGAUUGGGCACGGUUUUUCACAAUCAGGCGGGCGACCUACAUACGCCCAACCUAGGCCUCAAUUUGAUGAGCCCACUCUCGCUCGGACAUCAAGUUAAUGGCACAAAUAUCUCGGCCGACAGUUCAUCCAUGGGGCUAGAUCCAUUCAGCCAGCAGUUUAUGCCGCCACAUUAUCACAAUCCGCAACACUUUGCGCAGCAAGCAAGUUUUGCGCCCGGCGCAUUGGUCCACCGUGAUUCAGGUUAUGAUGCCAUGGACGAAUCUGUGGAUGAACUGUCUCUAAAAGAUAUGGAACUGCAGGCAAAUGCAUCUUCACAACUCAUCGGAUCGACUGUACCGUCCUCGGGACAGCUAGACGCUGAGGCCCCUGGCGAGAAGUUCCGCUAUCAUGUCACACUACGUGCACCGACAGCCAUGGUCAAGGAUUUCAAUGAAAUCCCGGUCUCAUAUCUCAACAAGGGCCAGGCCUACUCGUUAUCCGUUGCCGAUACAACUCCGCCUCCGCAAACUGCACAGCCGGUCAAAUACAGAACCUUCGUCCGUGUUUCUUUCCAGGACAAGGAGCAGCGAUCGAAACCAGCCGCCUGUUGGCAGCUCUGGAAGGAGGGACGAGGCUCUAAUGAAGCCCAUCAACGUGGUGGCAAACUUCAGGCAGUGGAGUAUGUGGAUCCGAUUCAAGGAGGCAUCGAAGACCAUAAGAGCAGGCAAAUUCAACUUGAGAGCUCGUCCUUUGAUGGCUUCUGUGUGACCUGGACCGCCAACCCGGCUACCGGCGCUCCGGACUGCGCGAUUUCCGUUCGAUUCAAUUUCUUGUCCACCGAUUUCAGUCACUCUAAGGGUGUCAAGGGUAUUCCAGUUCGGCUUUGCGCCAAAACGGAGAUGGUUUCCCCGGACGAGACGGACGACAAAGACUCCGAAGUCUGCUUCUGCAAAGUGAAGCUGUUCCGGGACCAUGGUGCCGAACGGAAGCUUUCGAACGACGUUGCCCACGUUAAGAAGUCAAUAGAGAAGCUGAGGCAACAGAUUGCGCAAGCUGAAAUGGGUGCUGGCAAUUAUGGCAAGCGGAAACGUGUCAAUGGAUCGGUAUCUCUCAAGGGCUCAGACGCGCGCCCUUCCAAGAUCACCAAGCACAGACGAACCUGGUCAAUGGGCUCCCAGGACGGUCCUGAUAGGAUGUCUAUGGAAGAUGAUCUUCACGUGAAACUGGCGCUGAUGCAGGAAAUGUUCACGUCCACUCGGCCCGUGAGCAUUCUGUCACUGCGCGGCGACGAGCAAGAUGACCCGGAUCUGUUCCCUGUUCAACUCUCUGAUGCGCGCGGCCCUAGCAAGAAAGAGAAAAUGGGAUCUCAGUUUGGCAGUGUAGAUGGGUUGAGCUCUCAGAAUCUAUCUCCUCUGAGCAGCUCCAUGUCGCUGAACUCCCCAUUUACCUCCACCAACUUGCAGCAGUUCACAUUCGACUCGGGGGGCCGCGGGUCUGUCGGUGCUUUCCCGGAGUCUUCUGAGAGCUCCGAUGAUAAGUCUGUCUUGAAGCACCCUGUGAAAAUUCAACGAGCCAGCACUUCGGAUUCCAAUGUGUCCUUAGGCUUCAUUGAGGCGGUAGAUAUCGAUCCCGCCUACCGGCCCCCAGCAGAGUCUCCACCCAAGCCCAUCGCAUGUUUCUAUGUCCGCUUCCCGCGAAACGAUAAGCAUCAAGACGACUAUUACAGAGCUGUCUACCUCACCGAACUGACAGUUCGGGAUUUGAUGGAAAAGAUCUCGUUGAAACAACAUAUCGACCCUCGACGCAUUGUCCGCAUUCUUCUCGUCAAACAGAACGGAUUGAGAAUCAUGGUAGAUGAUGACGUGGUUCGUGAACUUCCCGACGGUCAGGAUAUGAUUGCCGAGAUCUCCGACACAUCAGCUAUCAACGUCGCUUCCAGCGUCGAUCAAGAAGACUCUGCGAGCGCGGGAGUGGAGGUCAAAUUGAGAUAUUAA